AUGGCGACUAGUGCCAAGACUGCCAUCUCAAACCUGGUUCUGCUAUUCUCUGCAGUCCUAACGACCCAAUUCAACUUAGGUUCAUCUGUUGCUUCUCCCGGGAGCAUCUUCAUCCUCGCCGGUCAGAGUAACAUGGCCGGGAGAGGUGGCGUCAACGACGGCAAGUGGGACGGAAACGUUCCUCCGGAGUGCGCACCGAACCUUUCAAUUCUCAGACUGAAUGCUCACCUGGUGUGGGAAGAAGCAUAUGAGCCACUCCACGCUGACAUUGAUGUUGGCAAGACGUGUGGGGUUGGUCCAGGUAUGGCUUUUGCCAACGAGGUCCUCCGAGCCAAGGGCGGAGUUUUGGGUCUGGUUCCUUGCGCCGUGGGCGGGACUACUAUCGGCCAGUGGGCUCGAGGGAGUCAGUUGUAUACUCAGAUGGUGAGACGAGCAAGUGAGUCGGUGAAGGCAGGUGGAACUAUCCGAGCAGUUUUAUGGUACCAGGGAGAGAGUGACACCGUCAAUAGUGCUGAUGCCGAGGCUUAUAAAGCUAAUUUUGAGAGGCUUGUAACUGAUAUACGCUCCGAUCUCCAAAACCCUAAUCUUCCUGUUAUUCAGGUAGCACUGGCAUCAGGAGAAGGGCAGUUCAUAGAUAUAGUGAGGAAGGCACAGCUGGAAACGACGUUGCCUAAUGUGAAAUGUGUCGACGCUAAAGGAUUGCCUCUGAAACCGGAUAAUCUCCACCUUACUACAAUGUCGGAGGUCCAUCUGGGGAUCAAGCUAGCAAAUGCUUUUCUGGCUUCGUUUGGUUAUCAGUUUUAA